AUGGAACCCAUCAAAAAAGUUCUUUCUAUACAGAGUCAUGUUGUUAGUGGAUAUGUGGGUAAUAAAUGUGCUGUGUUUCCAUUACAAGUAAAAAUAAAAUGAUAUAACCAAUUUUUUGUUGUAAUGUAUACAUUUAACUUAUGAAUAAAAUAUUAUAUUUUUUAAUAGGUUAUGGGUUUUGAAGUAGAUGCUAUAAAUUCUGUACAAUUAUCAAACCAUACUGGAUAUAAAACAGUGUAUGGCCAAAUAUUAAAUGAAAAGGAUUUAUGUAAGUUAUUUAUUUUCAUUAAAACCAUAAUCUAUAUUAAUUUAUUGUGUUGGUAAUUGUACAAUUUCCUCCCUUUUUUUAAACAAUUUAUUUGACUAUGAAAUUACUUAUUUUUUUCUUAAUAUAAAAUAAAAUAUACAAAAUACAUAUUUUAAUUUCAAUUGAUCAUAGUAUAUUUAAUACUAUGAAAUCAUUAUUAAAAUAAUAAAUCAAAUAAUUAUCAACGACUGUGUAUUUUGUUUUAUUUUAUUAUACAUUUAGACAACAUUAGAUAUUAGACACAAUAUAAAUAAUUUCUUAUUAAAUGUUUGAAAACUAUUGAAAAGAAAUUAUCCAUAUUAAAAAUGUACCAAACAAAAAUAUCAUACUUUAAUCAAAAUUGUCUAAUGUUAUUGUUUUUGAUAAUUAAAUUAUGUUUAGCGGAAUUAAUGACUGGUCUUAUUGAAAAUGAAUUGCAUCAUUACUCACAUCUGCUAACUGGCUAUAUUAGAUGUCCACAGUUCUUGAAAAAGAUUGUUGAAGUUUAUAAAAUUUUGAAAGAGAAAAAUCCGGAUUUAUUAUUUAGUAGGUAUUUCUUUCAUAUUUAAAUAUAGAUGUCAUUUUUAUAGUAAAAGCUUACAAGUAAAAACAAAGGGAAAAAUUCAGUAUUUAAAUUCUCCACCACUUCUUUGAUGGUCUGUUGUUGUCGAGUUUACUUUAAAGGCUGAUGACAAUUCUCCCAGAAAUAUUACUUUACAUUCUAUUUUGUCAUUGUACAGUUUUACCAUGUUACCAUAUUUUUUUGUUAUCCUGAAGUAGAUCAUUGAGUUCCAUAUCAUACCCAUGUUUAUAGUCUAUGAAUACCAUGUAUGUAUAAAUCAUUGACAAAUUCAUAAUAUUUCCCCAUCACUUGUUUCAGAAUAAAUAUUUGGUCCAUAGUUAUUGCAUGACUUUACAUCACCAUUUUUAAAAUAAUAAUAAUAAUUAGUGAUUUAAAAUAAACUUUAAAUAAAAAUAAAUAAAUCAGGGAAUAUCCCAGAGGAGAAACAUUUAUUAUAAAUAAUUUAUUAUUAAAAACUAAAACAUUACAGGUAUUUAGCUUUUUACACAACUACAUGAAGCUAGGGUGAUAAAAUUGUAUAUAUAUAUAUAUAUAUAUACUUUUCAAUCAUUUUUAUGCUCAGAUUUCAUGUUUUCACUGGAAAUACCAGGUUUUAAACAUAGACCUAUAAACUAUAGCUAAGUUAACUUAUAUAUAUGUAUAAAGUAUAUAUAAAGAAAAUUAUGAUCAAAGAUGUGUAUUAAGAAGAUAAUAUGAAUUUUCAACUCAUGAUUCUAAUAUCUAUUUGUAUUUAGCAAAAAUCUCGAGAACUAUUUUACUUAUUUUUGAUAAAACUUUUAUAAUUCCUUAUAGUUAUAAAAAAAAAAAAAACAUGAAAUAUUGUAACAGAAAUAAGUUAGCUCAGGAAAAUUUGUCUUAAGUGAUAAAGCUAGCUCUGUUAUUUAUGUAUUUUUUUUUGUUUGAAAUUAAAUUGAUGUAUUUUAUUUCUAUUCAAGAUAAGAUAAACAUAAAAUUUAUAUACAUACAUUUUUAUUUUCCAGUUUGUGAUCCAGUAAUGGGUGAUAAUAAAAAAAUGUAUGUCCCAGAAGAAAUAUUAGAAGUCUACAAAAAUGAAAUCAUACAUUUAACUGAUAUUCUUACACCUAAUGAAUAUGAAUUAGAGUACAAAAAUUUGUUUUAAUUAACUUAAGUAUUACAUUUUUGUUUAUUUUAUCUUUGCUUAGAUUAUUAACAGGUAAAACUAUAAUUAACCUUAAUGAUAUUCAUGAAGCCAUGGAAAUAUUAUAUGCUCAGGGUUGUAAAACAGUUGUUGUUUCAUCUUCCAGUAUAUCUCCAAAUUCUGAAAUCAAAUGUGUUGGGAGAAAUGGUUCUUGUAAGUGUUAUUAUAAACAUUAAAUUAAAUUUGAAUCUAGUUUUCAUUAGAAACAUAAAAAUAUCCUAUCUACUUUAUUUAAUCUAUUAACUGAUACUUAAUAUCCAAAACAUUUAGUUUCAAUUAUUUUUGUAAAUGUUCAGAAUGUCUAAUAUGUCAUGUAAACUAAUGGCGUUUUUAAUUGUCAAUUAAAAUGUUUGAAGGACUUGCAUGCAGUGGCGUAUUUUCAAAUUUUUUGUAGGGGGGAUCUAAAUAUUAAUUAAGUUUUUAUAAUAUUAUCAAAAAAAUACAUAAGAGUUAUAAUUUAAUUAUCAUAUUAUUUAUAUUAUAUUAUAUUUCACUAUUAUUAUGAAUAGUGAAUACAAAUUAAUAGUUUUUUUUAUAAUAAAAAAGAUAGAUGUCUUUUUUUUUGCCAGUUCUUCAAUAACUUCUUUAGGUUUUAUUGAGUAGUUUUUAUUUAUUGAUAACAUCAGCAGUUUUAUCUUUUCCAAUAAUAAAUAUUUUCACAGGAAAAUUAUAAUUAUAUCUGGAAUCCAAAUUGCAUUUAAUAUAUCAUGUAUUUCAUUUUGAGUCAAUACUCUGUUGACAUAAUUGAAAAUAUUGUGUCUAUUUAUAUGGGAAACAGAUCUAUGUGGGAUAUCAGUAUCUGAUACUGAAACUACUGAAUCUGUUUUAUAUUGUAUUUUAUAAACUUUUUCUUAAGUAGGUGAAACAUUUAUAAUAGAUUUGAAAAAAGAUUGAAUACUGGGUUGCUUUUUAGAAGUCGUAAUUUUGAUCUGUUUAGAAUAAUAUAUAAAAACAAUACUAAUAAUAAAAUAUUAUGUAUACCUAGUGUAUACUGUAUACAAGCAUUGCAAAUUUGUAAGUAUAAAAAUUUGAGUAGUGCAUCAAAUAAAAAUCAAAUCAUUUUAAUAUUUUUAUUUUACACGUUACAAUAAAUUAAUGUUUGUAAAUUAAAUCAAUUGUCAAUUAGAAAUUAGCAAUUAGUUUACGUUCUUCCCUUUAUUUUUUUGUUAAGUGUUCGUAUAUUUGUGUAGCAACUAAAAUAUUAAUUAUUACGAUGCUGUCGAAUGUCAAUAAAAAACUGCAAAUUAUUAUGGCCAAACAAACGCAGACUGCCUAUUUUAAUAAAAAUAAUCAAAAGUUAUUUAUACAAAUUGGAAUACAAACAUUAAAAACACAUAAUAUAAAUUAGUAUUCUCAUUUUCUAUAUCUACAUAUCAAGUUAUUUAUGACUUUUUAAUCUUUUUUUUUCUGGGGGUCGAGAUUCGCAUCCCCUUCCCCCAGAAAUACGCUAUUGCUUGCAUGUAUUGUUCUAUAUAACUGCUUAUCACUAAGAAACAUAAAUAGAUCAUGAUAAAUACCUACUAUGAUGCUAAUAUGAAAACGUGAAAUAUAUCUGUGGACUUAUUUUUUAUAUUAUAAUUAAAAUGAAUUUAUAUUAUUGCCGAAAUGCCUUCAUUGUAUAGUUCUUCACUCACAUUAUUCAAGUCACAAUAUUUAUAAAUAUCCAUUAUGCUAAUUUUACUAUUAUGUAUAAAUGGUAUGUUUUCUAAAUUAUAUUAAUGAACACAUUAUUAUCACCUUUUUGUAUAUGUCAUUUUUUAUUUAAAUAUUUAUAUUUUAUCAGGUAAAGAAUAUAUUGAAAUAGAUAUUCCUUUAAUUAAACAAUCGUUUACUGGAACUGGUGAUUUUUUUACCGUUUUAAUAUUAAUAUGGAUGAAUUUAACUAAAAAUAACCUAAAAGAAUCGAUGGAAAAAACAAUUGCGACAAUUCAAUCAGUAUUAAAACGAACUUUAGAAUGUAAAUAUUAAAUACAAUUUAAUUUAUUUUGUAAGUAAUAGAUUUAAAUUUUAUUUUUUACAUUGUAGAUCAAAAUGAAAAUAAUUCAAAGGAUUCAGUAUGCGGUAGAGAACUUAAAUUAAUUCAAAGUUUGGGUGAUAUUCAAAACCCCAAAGUAAUACACUGUGGUACUAUAAAUAAAAUAGAAUAUUAA